GGAGCCGCCUCUCCUCAAGCAGGAUUCUCCUGAGGGAAGGCGAAAGUAAGCCAGCAAUUGACAGGGACAGCGGUUUUUAUUUCCCCGUUGAAGCUGUGGCAGUUUAUUCAAGACGGGGAAACAAGUUACACGCCUCUCUGAUUCCGUGUUUCUGAGGGAAUCAGAAAGCCCCAUGCUUUGCGAGGCCUCUUGCUCUCCAAGGGCGGCCUCUUUGCUGAGGGUGGCCUUAGAUUGGUCAAGCCGCACGCCCUUCAAAGAAAUGACAGGAGGCGUGGCCUGUCAGGAUUUCUGACAGCUAGAUGGGGCGGAGUCGCCAAGAGAAUGGCCUGCCAUUGGUUUGGAAAAGGCUCGGGGGCGUGUCCGGCUGGCCAGCUCCGCCUCCGUAGUCAAAUUCUCAGUAAGGGAAAAAAGGGCGGAAGUGCUGCAAAAUUGUAACUUCGGGAGCGGAAACGCUGACUCGUUUUGCGGCAAGCAGUUUGCCAGAGGGGCAAACAGCACGUGUGGAAAAGUUCUUCCCAUUUGGGCAAGGAAGGAAGGGAUUUAGCGGACUCCCUUUCCCGAUGGCGGCGGCAGAAGAAGAUGAGCCGAUUCUGAGCGGCCCAGAGGAGGAGGAAGAGGCAGGCGAUGAAGAGGCAGCAAAGAGACACCGCCAGCUUGUGGAUACACUUAGUACUUUGUCUGGAGGAAAGCGAUUGCGAGCCACUGAGCGUACUGAGGCAAGCAGGCAGAUCUCAGAAUUUGAUGUUGGUGGAGGUGCUGACGAGAAAGUGGUCCUCUCAGAGCUCCUGAAGCCAGCUUCCGCAUCCCCAGCUUUACGCCGCCUUCGCAAACAACUGAACAAAGCCCAGCAAAAGAAGGCUGUCAAGCUCCCUUUGAGCAAGGAGGAGAAUGAACGGGUGGUGCGGGAAGCGGCCUACACACAGACAGCCCAAGACCUGGCCAAGUGGGAUCCGGUUGUCCGGCAAAACCGGCGUGCUGAACAGCUUGUUUUCCCACUGCAGCAGGAAAGUGUGACCGUUGCGCCUGUUGAAGAAGUAAUUAGCAGUUGGCAGGCACGGACGCCCCUGGAACAAGAGAUUUUCAGUCUCCUUCACAAAACGCAGCAGCCAAUAAAGGAUCCGCUCCUGACGCCCUAUGAAAAGGCUUCGCUGCAGGCCAUGAGCCUGGAGGAGGCUCAGUUACGCCGGAUGGAGCUCCAGAGGGCUCGAGCCCUUCAGUCCUAUUAUGAAGCAAAAGCACGGCGCAAAGGAAAGAUCAAAAGCAAAAAGUAUCACAAAGUGCUGAGGAAAGGCAAGAGUCGCAAAGUCCUUCAAGAGUUUGAGAUGCUCCAAAAAAGCAAUCCUGAGGCAGCUCUGGAGCAGCUGGAAAAGAUUGAGAAAGCACGUAUUGAGGAGAGAAUGAGCCUCAAGCAUCAGAACAAAGGCAGGUGGGCCAAGUCAACUGUCCUCAUGGCAAAGUACAACCUGGAGGCCAGGCAAGCGAUGCAAGAGCAGCUGGCCCGGAACAAAGAACUGACAGAGAAAGUACUCUUGGAAUCGGAUAAUGAGGACGGAGGCAACAACUCUGACGCUGAAGGGGGUCUCAUCCCAGAUGUUGUCAAUGAUGGGCAUAUUGGGAUGAAUCCAGACAACCCGUGGAUGUUGGGAAAGACUUGCGCAAACCCCAAAGAGGAUAUACCAGCUCAAGCCAAUGACAGCGAGGAGAGCGAUGGAGAGGAGGCGCCAUUGCAAAGUUUGAUGGAGUCUGAGCAGGGCCAGCAAGGCAGUUCUGAGCUGCAAGGUCCCGGCGAAGAGGAAACUAUUCCCAUGCUGUCUGAUGUGCUUCCUCCAGCGCCCCCAAGUCCUGCACCAGAGGAGCCCUUUCUGAAGGAGACACUAGAUCAGCUUCACACCUUGGAAGAUGUAGAGGCCUUGGAGCCAGAGAUUGCAUCCCAGGAAGACCGAACUUCAUCUUCCAAGGAGGCAGUGCUGUUGGAGCCUGCAGAAGCAAAGUCAUCACUUCAAGCCAAGGGUGCCCCAGACCUCUCACAGGCUACGUCCAAGGCAGGCAAGAAAAAGCCAGCCAAGCGGAAGGCCCUGAUUGACCUGAAGGCAGUCCUUGCAGAGGCACCCCAGGCUGUGAAGUGCCCACUUGUGCCCAGUGUUGUGCAAGAUGAGUUUGAUGCAGACACAGACCAGCGGCGUGUCAUCCAGGAGGCCUUUGCCAAUGACAACGUGAUGGCAGAUUUCAUGAAGGAGAAGCGGCGAGCGGAGGAGGCUAGCAAGCCCAAAGCGGUUGAUUUGGUUCUCCCAGGAUGGGGCGAGUGGGGAGGCACAGGGCUACGGCCAAGCUCCAAGAAGAAGAAACGGUUCUUUAUCAAACCAGCACCUCAAACCCAAAGGAAGGACAAGCAUCUGCCUCAUGUUAUUCUGAGUGAACAGCGCAAUAUCUUGGCUGCGGGUUAUCAGGUGAAUCAACUGCCGUUUCCCUUUGAGAACAGCCAGCAGUUUGAGCGCAGCAUCCAAGCCCCGGUGGGGCCCACCUGGAACACCCAGCGUGCCUUUCAGCGGCUGACCGCCCCUCGCGUCAUCACCCAGCCGGGCCACAUCAUCCGCCCCAUCACUGCAGAGGAUGCCAACCUGCCUAGCCAAAAGGAUAAGACAGACGGCGCCAGGAAAAAGCCAGAUUUGAGGCUGGCUACAUCUCCCCGCAAGGGCCGUCCACACUAUUCUGCGAAGAAGAAGAAACGGUAGAACAUGUGCCUGCGCUCAGUUGCUAGUCCAAACUCAGUAGAGCCUUUGAACCCAGUGCUGAAGAAGAUAUAUAUAAAAUAAAUACCACUCAUUUGUUAGGUUUACUCCAGUUGGGAGUAGCUACUGGGUGGAGAUUCAGGCUUGUUCUACACUGUCAUAUAAUCAAAGUAGAUAGUCCACAUUGACAGUGUAGACCUGUUUGAGUCUACACCGCCAUAUAACCCAGUUCAAAGCAAAUAAUCUGGAUUUUAUAUGGCAGUAUAGAAGGGCAGUAUUCUAUUGCACAUCUGGGUCCAUAUCCCAACUUUCCUCCCAUCUGAGGAAGCCUUCCAGAUGUUUUGGGUUUCACGUUCCAUCAGCUCCAGUCAGCCUAGUUAAUGAUCUGGAAUGUUGUGAACUGUAGCAUAAAAUUAAAUAUCUGUUUCAACGAGACUGGAGUCUUAUUGUUACUACCCAAAUCUGCACCUCCUCCCUAUGUUCACUAACCUGGAGGAAGCUGCCAUGGAGUCUCUUGAGUUUUUCCUUUCCUGAGUGCUGCUCAGAAGGAGGCAGUGCACUUGCUUUACCAACUGAAGAUGAUUUAGUUGGAGAUAUUGUUCUUUUUUCAAAAAAUAGAUAAAAAUAGAUGUUAUUCCUCUUCUGCUCCUCCAGUGAAUUCCAUUUUAAUUCCACCAUAGUUAUGGUCCUUGGCGGAAAAAGAGAAGGGAUGGAAUCAGAUCCGGUAAAAGCAAGGGAUAAUCAAUAAUACCCAGUGUCCAGUGUUAAUAUUACUGGAGAAUAUUUGCUAAAAUGAUGACUUUUUCCCCAGUUUUUUUCACACUCACCAAAUUGGCAGCAAUACCAAAUAAAGGGGGGAAAUCGUGUAAUGAUAAUACAGGUUUCCUUGAAGGUGUUUUUGGCUUCUUCUGCGCUGCCAUAUAAAUUUGAACAGGAUUAUGUGGCAAUGUAGACUCAUAUAAUCCAGUUUAAAGCAGAUAAUGUGGAUGAUUGUUUUGAUAAUCUGGAUUAUAUGGCAGUGUAGAAGGAGCCUCAGUUGCCCUUUGCAAUUUGAAAACUGGUGCUUUCAUGAGAAUUCAUCAGCACAGUUAGGGGAUUGUGUGAUGUAUAGUCCAGAAGAUCUGGAAGAUGGGAGGUGGCAGCAGGUUUGUUUAGCAAAAUAAUGACUUGUGGCUCCACGAAGCUCCAGUCUGCAUGGCCAGCAGCCAGGGAUUCUGGGCAUUGAAGCUCAAAAAAACAUUUGGGGAACCACUGCCUGAAAGCCAGAGCUGUUGCUUAGAGAAUGGGAUGGAGGCAAGAUACAAAAAUAAAGUUGUUGUUGUUGUUA